UCAAUGAAUGAGUUUAGUUCAAAAUGGAGAUAAUGAGCUCCUGUAUUUGUAUAAGAGCGUAAAAAAAUGCUUGACAUGUCAUUUAUACAAUUAUCUUGCUGUUAUACUGUAUAAACAUGACAUCUAUAGAGUAUGAUUUGGAUACUUCAGGCGGCUUGAUGCCGCAAAUUCAAGCAAUUAUUGCACCACCAAUACUAGAAGAUUCAGCGAAAAAGAAAAAAGAUCGGGAACGAAGGUAUCGAAGACCUGGUAGAACAGUUAACCAUGAUUCUUGUGAUAGUUGCAAAGAAGGCGGUGAUUUAAUUUGUUGUGAUCGUUGUCCUGCUGCUUUUCAUCUUACAUGCCAUGACCCACCUUUGUCUGAUGAUGAUUUGCCGUCUGGUGAUUGGCUGUGUCAUAAAUGUAAAACUGCACCAGAUAAUGAAGAUAUUUUCGCAUCUUCUAAUUUGCAUUUAAUGUCUGGUACUGUCUGUGGAGCUGCAGACAUUUCUGAAGGUAUAUCUUUCAAAGAGACAGGGAGAUUCGUUGAAACUUCUCUACAAAUGUCAACACUGGAUAUUGAGCAGGAAUCUGCAAAUCCUCUCAAUGUUCUUAUAUCCGCAGCUGCUACAAGGAAUCCCUCUCAGUAUCAGUUACCGACUGAACUAGCCUGCACAGUUCAACUGCCUGGUUCAAGUAAGCGACUGAGACCUAGGGAAGCUAAUAGAUGUUCUAAGAAGAUGGCUCAUGAAUUAGACAACGGAUUAUUGCAUCUGCCUGCAAAAUUAUGUUAUCAGUGUAAAAGGAGUUGUCGAAAAGCUCCCCUUAUCCAGUGUGACUACUGUCCUCUACUUUUCCACGCUGACUGUUUAGAUCCUCCUUUGACAACUUUACCAACUGGAAGAUGGAUGUGCCCUAACCAUGCAGAACAUUUAGUGGAUCAGAAAAUGUUGACAUCUGUAAGUUUAUCAGAAAGAGUCAAACUGUGGGAUAAAUUUUCAUGCCCAGUGUCACAAGAUGCUGUGAAAUUGCAUUUUCUCAAUAAAGUUAAUAAAAGGAAUCCUCCUUUUCGACGCAAACUCAAAUUGCCAUCAAGAAAAAAUAUUGUUGUUCCAAAUGCUGUAGCUGAACAUUAUAGUUGCCCUCCAUUAUUACUUCCACGUGUGACCGAACCUUCAGUUUCAAACGAAGGUUUAUCUCUUAUGUCAUUUUCUGCUGUCUGUUCUACGGAUGAGCAAAAUGAGACUGAAUCAAAAGCUGGUCCUAAUGGGAAAGCAAAUAUGGAAGUUGAGUUAAAAUCAAAACUGCUGUUAUCUGAAUUACCAGUUUCCAUUUACGGCGUUGCCAGGGUGGUGGCUUUCAAACAAAGGGGGGCGAAGCAUGGGCAAUCUGCAUAUGUCACUGAAGUCAGAGGCAACGGGGGCGGAGCGUUAGAUAGUAAUAACGAUAUUUCAUCUGAUAAUAAACUACAUAUGAGUAAUUGUGAUGCCAGCCCACAAAUUUUAACAAAACUUUUUAACAAUCUUCAAGCCAAUUUUGAAGGUUCAGAAGAUAUUGAAGUAAACAAACUGGAUGAGAGGCUUCUUCAUAUUUUAGCAUAUCAAAGGUUACAGCAGCUUAUUCCCAAAAGAAAAUAUGUUUCAACGGAAGAGAAAUUACUUGGUGAUUCAACUGCAGAUGGGAUUUCUGAAAUCAGAGGCAGAGCUGUAGUUUGUCCAUUACUCAAACAAGGUUUACCUGUUGCAAUGUGUUAUCGUUCAUUACACCUAGGCCUUGGUGCUGACAUGGAUAUAUGUUUUUCAAAUUAUGGGCACUGUAAUUACGUAUCGGGAAAACAUGCAUCUAUAUUUUAUGAUGAAGUCACCAAGCGUUAUGAAUUGUUAAACUACAGUUGUUAUGGCACUACAGUCGACAAUGUAGUAUAUUCUUCUGAUCUGUCAGAGAAGAAGCCUUCUACUCCAAACUCUUUGACUGCAGCUGUAAGAAGAUUAGCAAAGAGUACCUUAAGAUUGGCUGAUCUUCCAUCUCCAAUAACUCCAAAUGACAAACCCAUGAUGAGUGCACGAGGGAAACAGUACUCGAAGCCUUGUAACUGCAAUGUCAACAGCUCAAGCUUAGUUGAAGGAAAUGGAGCAGGCUGGGAAGGAACGGCAUUAUUACAUCAUGGAAGCUACAUCAAAUGUGGCUGUUUGCAGUUUGUAUUUAGUGUCACAGAAUAUGGAUUUCGAAUCGAAAAUGUGAAAGAAAAAGAUUUUCUGCCUAACAUUUUCAAAAAAGCUUCAUAAAACUACAAACUGAAAACUUUAUAAGCCGGUGAAAGAAAAAUGAACAGCAGUAAGUUUAUGAUAAACUAAUUGCAAAUAUUUCAGUCUCACAAAUCUCUGUGAUGUGGAGAGAAUCUCAAGAAAAAUCUUGUUCCAUUAAAGGUGCUACAAGAGUUUGACUGAAUUCACGAUGUUUGUCCUUAAUUGCGUGCCAUCGGUUGACCAUUGAAAAAAAGAGUGCAUAGUUUUUUCUUUUCUUUCUUUCUUUCCCCUCUCUCAAUUUAUGUACAGUUUUGAAAUACUGACUAGUUGGGGUUUGUUAUUAGCUAAAAUAAGUUUUUAUUUGAAUAAUUACUGGGAAAUCGUAUGUGGAAGUUUAGCAGGAAGUGGCCCGUUCCCAUUGCAGUACAGUCUCUCAUGCAUUGCAAUACACAACUAAGUAACAAAAAAACUUUGCUUUCCACUUAUUUAUUGUUUAUUGCCUGUUUCUGAGUGUAAGUAGCUUUAUGAUGACCUCCAGUGUGUUUCUGAGAUGCAUUUAUAGGGUUGAACAAUGUUUUUAGCCUAAAAAAAAACUAUGAAUGAAAUGCGCUUUAAAUGCAAGUUAAGUGCCAGGACAGUUUCUCUGUACAUGUAGUCAUACUAAUUAAAAUUGUACAAAUAUUUUAUAUGCUGAUAGAGUGCAGCACACUCAUCUGCGCAUCUAUCCGCAAAGUCUUCGUACACUAAAGGCAGGAUUUUAAAACUUUUAUUCCCUGUGGAAUUGUAUUUACCUGGGAUUUUAAGAUGCCCAAUAUUUGUAAAAAGAUGUCUAAUAAUGUAUUAUUUGUUAAGUUGUACAUAAUUUUGUAGAAAGAUAUUCAUUUCACUUCCAUUGUUGUGUGAUACGCAUAUGCAUUGUCGGUCUGACUAACUAUAUAUAUAUAUGUAUAUAUAUAUAUAUAUAUAUAUAUCAUUACUAUAAAUAAAAGGCAUUUUUUAAAAUGUAAUUAGUAUGAAAGCCUUUUUACUUUAAAUUAUAUGGGCAUAUGUGUGUUUGUAUUUUUUUAAAAAAGCAUCAAUCAUUAAAAACAAUUAGUUUGUGUAAAUAAAGCUUUAUGAAGAAUCAGUUCAGCAACCAUGAGAAUUCUUGUUAUAAUGAUUUCUCAUUACUUGCAUGCCUGUUAUUGACUGCACAACAAAAGCAGUUUGAGAUACAAUUUUUAGGAGGUGCAUAUUAAAAAAUCAGCAUCUUGAAAAGCAUUAUUAUUUUUUUUUUUUUUUGGUACUUGUGUAUUAGCGUGACCACCUUGGCACAGUUUGGGGAUUCUUUAUGGGAAAAAAAGAAUGAUGACAUAUAAUUUAAAAAAAAUUACAAAUAAACCUAUUGUUUUAUAAAACUAUUAUGCACGUUAAAAUUUUUCUCAAGAAUCGAUCGAUAAAAUUGUUAAAAAGAAAUUUCAGGUGAUUCCUUUAAAAAUAAAUUCAAAGCAGUUCUUCCUUUUAGUGAUUUUGUGAAAAAUUACUGUACUUUUUCAGAAAUUAUCCAGCAAAUUUCUUCCAUCUUUGGGAAAUGUUGUAACCCAUACUUAUUAAAAUUGAUUUUAAGAUUAAAUAAAUCACCGUUUUUCUAUAAAAAUUUUUCAAUUACAACAAAAAGAAUGCCUAUGAAAACUUGCGAUUUUUUUUUUUUUUUUUUUUUUUUUGCUGAAACUGAAGUGCUAUUAUGCACAUGGUUGUCAGAGCAUUCUGAAAAAUUUGGUGAUUUCUACUAAAUUGGUUGCAUGAAUACAUAAGUACCACUUUAUUUUUUUAAUUGCCUAACCUGAAAGAAGGAGUUUUCAUGUAUUAUUUGUGUAUGAACUAGCAGUGAUACUAUUUUAUUACAUGUUAUUUGCAUGCUAUUACAUCAUUUUUAGAAACAUUAUUUUUUGAAGACCAGACAAAGUUAUGCUUUAUCGCAUUUAUUUUUGACUUCAAAUUGAUUUAUUUUACUAAAUUUUGGAAAAUUGAAGAAUAUUUUGUUAUCUUCCAAGUUAGGCUGCUCAUUUUUGACUGAUUUUCUAUUUAGAAAAGCAGGCCUUUUUUCUUUUUAAGAUCAUAUUAACCCUUUCAGUCAUGGACUUUGAGACGUGGAAUGAAAGUCUACAAAGUAUUCUUUAUAGGUAUCCAAAGAACUCCCUUGCAAACCAGUUCCUACUUCAGUUCUAGAAACUGCGAUGUUGUGGCAAUUGCCACCAUCAGGUUUCAGAGUAAACAGUCAAGUGGGAAAACACAUGCAGUAAAGCUGACAGAUGAGACCUAUGGUGAUGGAUAAUAAAACAGUUUCCAGUACUGAUAAAAUAGAUCUUUACACAUGAAGGUGGGAAAUGCCACUUGCAAGGCUGAAAGGGUUAAAAGUUAAUUCAUAUUACAAUAAUUAUUGUUAAAUCUUUAAUAAUUUCAUAGUUAAAUACACGACUUAAUACAAUUAAUUACAUCUAUGUUUUGUCUUUAGAAUUUUCUGUGUAAAUAUGAAGCAGAAUUAAAAGAGGGAAAAAAACUGACAUUAAAAAAUCAAACUAACAUUUGUGAUUUUUGACUUGCAUUUUAUAUAAUGAUUGAAUUCAGGAGAAAAACUGCUACUAUGCAAAAAAAAAAAAAAAAAAAAAAAAAAAAAAAAAAACUGCAGUUGUGAAAUCAAAAUAUUUUCAUUUUAACUGGAGUUUUGUAUUAUGAAUUCUAUGCAAGCUUGUUGAUUUCAAAUCUACCAGCAUUUAAAUUCUUUUAAAAUAGUUAUAUGUAAUAUACAGGUAAGAUAAUUAAAGCUAAGAACAAUCCAGUUUAAAAUUGCAAGUUUUUUUUGUGUGUGGGGGGGGGGGGGGAAGGUGUAAAGAUGUUAUAUAAUGUAUUUAUAAUUAAAAAAAAAAAAAACUAAUAUUUUUAUGCUUUGAAAUCUGAUUUUUCUUUUGGAUACUCAGUGUGCUACUCAUUGGAGGAUUAUACCAGUACAAUUCUUUUUGAAUUAUUUAUUGAUUAAAAUUUAAUGCCUAUUUUCAUAUAUGUUUGUAUUAUUAAUGAAAUGCAUUUCUCAAGAUGUCAGCAAUGUACUGAUGUGUUUUUAGAGUUUAAAUACAUUUAAAAUAAAUGCUUAUGAAAUGUU